UUUGCCACUCCGGGGAGAGUGGUGGGUGGUCACCCCACCCUAUUCGGUCCAUGGAUACGCGGAGGGACGGUCCCGCUCGGAGACACCUGGAUCUUUGCUAGAAAGAGAGAGGUCUAGCCAUCAUCGUUAUCCAGGGAGCCCUCCUCUUUCUCCUGACGCCGGCCUACCAUCGCAGUUGCUGGUUGUUGUUAAGGUUGCCUCCAUGGUAACAUGCUUAUCCUUUUUACAUUUCUAUAUGGACAAGUAGUCUAAACUAGGAACCUACCUACUCUGGACAACCAUUUCCACCCAGAGGACACCAAUCAUCGUGACACUACGUCCGUCUUCUACUAAGUUCCCCCAACCUCUUCCUCUCUCACUAGUAGACUUAAUACAGAAGAAAGGAUCUAGGCCUGGUGUUGCUACUCUGAAACUUAUUGCACAAGAUAUUGUCAAAUUGUCCCCUAACUGGGCUCCCAGAGAAGAAAGAAGUGGGAAGAAACGGGGAAGAGAAGGCAAGAGACACUGAUCAGUUAGAGAGGAAACUCUACAUCUUCUCUGGUUGAGAGUCUGGUAACCGAAGAAGGCAAAAUGACGAAUCCAUCAGGACAUCACUUGCCAGCCAACUCAGUGGCUGAGAGCUAUGAAGGGGAGUUUGGCUGCACCUUGAUGGACCUGAGGAAGCUCAUGGAGCUUCGUGCAGCUGAUGCAGUGACCCAGAUCAGUGCCCACUAUGGAGGUGUACAGGAAAUCUGCGCUAGACUGAAAACCUCCCCUAUAGAAGGUCUAUCUGGGAACCCUGCAGAUUUGGAAAAGCGUAGACUUGUUUUUGGAAAGAAUGUGAUACCUCCGAAAAAGCCCAAGACUUUCUUAGAAUUAGUGUGGGAAGCCCUGCAGGAUGUCACGCUCAUCAUCCUGGAGAUCGCAGCCAUCAUCUCCCUGGUCCUGUCCUUCUACCGACCUCCCGGUGGAGAUAAUGAAAUCUGUGGUCACAUUAUAAGUAGCCCAGAAGAAGAAGAUGAAGGAGAAACUGGCUGGAUCGAGGGGGCAGCCAUCCUCGCCUCGGUGAUCAUUGUGGUGUUCGUGACAGCCUUCAAUGACUGGAGCAAAGAGAAGCAGUUCCGGGGACUGCAGAGUCGCAUCGAACUUGAGCAAAAGUUCUCCAUUAUCCGGAAUGGCCAGCUCAUCCAGCUCCCCGUGGCCGAGAUUGUGGUGGGAGAUAUUGCCCAGGUCAAAUACGGUGACCUGCUGCCUGCGGAUGGAAUCCUAAUCCAGGGAAAUGAUCUGAAGAUUGAUGAGAGCUCUCUGACAGGAGAGUCUGAUCAUGUCAGGAAGACUCCGGACAAAGACCCCAUGUUGCUCUCAGGGACUCAUGUGAUGGAAGGUUCUGGACGGAUGGUAGUGACGGCUGUCGGGGUCAACUCCCAGACUGGAAUCAUCUUCACCCUCUUAGGGGCUAGUGAGGAAGAAGAUGAAGACAAGAAGAAAGGUAAAAAACAAGGAGUCCCUGAAAAUCGCAACAAAGCAAAGACCCAGGAUGGAGUGGCCUUGGAAAUCCAGCCACUCAACAGCCAGGAGGGGCUCGACAGUGAGGAGAAGGAGAAGAAAAUAAUCAAGGGACCCAAGAAGGAGAAGUCAGUGCUGCAGGGCAAGCUCACACGCCUGGCUGUGCAGAUUGGGAAGGCAGGUCUGAUCAUGUCUGUCCUCACGGUUGUCAUCUUGAUUCUGUACUUUGUGGUUGACAAUUUCGUGAUACAGCGCCGAGCGUGGCUUCCUGAGUGCACUCCUGUCUACAUCCAGUAUUUUGUCAAGUUCUUCAUCAUCGGAGUCACUGUAUUGGUAGUGGCUGUACCAGAGGGGCUGCCAUUGGCUGUCACUAUCUCAUUGGCCUACUCUGUAAAGAAAAUGAUGAAGGACAACAACUUGGUACGGCACUUGGAUGCUUGUGAGACAAUGGGCAAUGCCACAGCCAUUUGCUCCGAUAAGACAGGCACGCUGACCAUGAACCGCAUGACAGUGGUACAAGCUUACAUUGGGGACACUCACUACCGCCAGAUCCCAAAACCUGAUGACAUCCCACCCAAGAUUCUGGAGCUCAUAGUCAAUGGCAUUUCUAUCAACUGUGCUUAUACUUCUAAGAUCCUGCCUCCAGAAAAGGAGGGAGGCCUACCCCGGCAAGUAGGCAACAAGACAGAGUGUGGGCUGCUGGGCUUUGUCACAGACCUGAAGCAGGACUACCAAGAAGUUCGCAAUGAGAUGCCUGAGGAGAAGAUCUUCAAGGUGUACACCUUCAACUCAGUGCGCAAGUCCAUGAGCACGGUCAUCAGGAAGCCGGAAGGGGGCUUCCGCAUGUUCAGCAAGGGUGCCUCUGAGAUAAUGCUGCGAAAGUGUGAUCGAAUCCUGAACAAGGAAGGAGAAACCAUACCGUUCAGGAGUAAGAACCGAGAUAAUAUGAUACGCAAUGUCAUUGAGCCCAUGGCCAGUGAAGGACUCCGGACUAUCUGCAUAGCUUACCGAGAUUUUGAUAACGAAGAACCCUCAUGGGACAAUGAGAGUGAAAUCCUCACUGGGCUGAUCUGCAUUGCGGUGGUGGGCAUUGAGGAUCCUGUGCGGCCAGAGGUACCAGAGGCAAUUGCCAAAUGCAAACGGGCUGGCAUUACUGUCAGAAUGGUGACAGGUGAUAAUGUCAACACAGCCCGGGCCAUCGCCACCAAAUGUGGCAUUCUGACUCCUGGAGAUGACUUCUUGUGCCUGGAAGGCAAAGAAUUCAACAGACUUAUCCGCAAUGAGAAGGGCAUGGUUGAACAAGAAAAGCUGGACAAGAUCUGGCCCAGGCUUCGGGUACUGGCACGGUCUUCUCCCACUGACAAGCACACAUUGGUGAAAGGUAUCAUUGACAGCACUAUUGGGGAACAGCGGCAGGUGGUUGCUGUCACCGGUGAUGGAACAAAUGACGGACCCGCUCUAAAGAAAGCAGAUGUCGGUUUUGCUAUGGGCAUCGCAGGCACAGAUGUGGCUAAGGAGGCAUCAGACAUCAUCCUGACCGACGACAACUUCACCAGCAUUGUGAAGGCAGUGAUGUGGGGACGGAAUGUGUAUGACAGCAUUUCCAAGUUCCUGCAGUUUCAGCUCACUGUCAAUGUGGUGGCCGUGAUUGUGGCUUUCACUGGAGCCUGCAUCACUCAGGAUUCCCCACUGAAAGCGGUGCAAAUGUUGUGGGUUAACCUGAUCAUGGACACGUUUGCUUCCCUGGCCCUGGCCACAGAGCCCCCAACCGAUUCUCUGUUGAGGCGCCGCCCCUAUGGGCGAGACAAGCCCCUGAUCUCCCGCACUAUGAUGAAGAACAUCUUGGGCCAUGCUGUGUAUCAGCUCGUAAUCGUCUUCCUCCUCGUCUUUGCUGGCGACAAAAUGUUUGACAUUGACAGUGGGAGGAAGGCACCUCUCAAUUCACCACCCAGCCAGCACUACACCAUUGUUUUCAACACGUUUGUGCUGAUGCAACUCUUCAAUGAAAUCAACGCCCGGAAGAUCCAUGGUGAGAAGAACGUCUUUGCAGGCGUCUACCGCAACAUCAUUUUCUGUUCUGUAGUUUUGGGCACAUUCUUCUGCCAGAUCAUGAUCGUGGAAGUGGGAGGUAAGCCCUUCAGCUGCACAAGCCUCACCAUGGAGCAGUGGAUGUGGUGUCUAUUUAUAGGUAUUGGAGAACUUUUGUGGGGCCAGGUCAUCUCUGCAAUACCUACCAAGUCUCUGAAGUUCCUGAAGGAGGCUGGGCAUGGCAGUGACAAAGAAGAGAUCAGCAGGGAUGCUGAGGGAAUGGAAGAGAUUGAUCUUGCUGAGAUGGAGCUUCGCCGAGGCCAGAUCCUCUGGGUCCGUGGCCUGAACCGGAUUCAGACUCAGAUUGAAGUAAUUAACCAAUUCCAGACGGGAGCCUCUUAUAAGGGAGUCCUAAGGCGACAGAACAUGACUCAACACCUUGAUGUAAAACCGGUUAUUAGCUGCUAUUCAGAAGCAGUUGCAUCAAUCAGAACCUCCCCCUCCAUCUCUUCUGCCGUUACAUCUCCUCCUGUGGGCAAUCAGAGUAGUCAAAGUGUUCCAUAGUUUCCGAGAAACCAUUCAUAAAUCCAAGAACCAAAUCUCCAUCCACACCUUCAUGACCCAACCUGAAUACGCCGCAGAUGAUGAACUGUCACAAUCAUUCCUGGAAAUCCAAGAGGAAAAUCCUGCAUCGGUUUCUAAGUCGGGAACUAAAGAGCUCCUGUUGGAUGGUGAAGCCGCUCCACAUGACAACACAAAUAACAAUGCCGUGGACUGCCACCAAGUGCAGAUUGUUGCCUCCCAUUCCGAUAGCCCUCUGCAAAACCUGGAGACACCGGUCUGAAUUUCCAUUCUCUGAGUCCCACCCCUGCUUUCCCUUUUUCUCUUCUUCUAUCCCAUCUGUAUGUGAUGGUGGGACUUGUCAUUGUUAUGUCAGCUGCUCCUAAGUGUGUGAGAACCCCCACCUGACUAUGAAGAAGCAAGAGCUCAGUCCUACAUGGAUUCAGUCAAACUCUGGGCAGGUAAUGGUGGAUCCACUCCUCAGGUGUACCAGUUGUCAUUUUAAGGAAAUGGUGACAAUCCUCUUGGCAUCACCCAACCCAAAGUCUCCACAGCAUUCCCACGAGUACCACCAUGCCCUUCUGACUCGGAGAUUUUAUCCAAUGAGUUUCUGCCAUUUAUAUUUACAAGCUAAGUUGUGAGCCCAGUGAGAGACAAAUGCCCAGUGUUCAUGUUUCAGUAGAAUGAUUAUUUCUAAACCAUUUUUUUCCUAUUUUGAAAAUGUACACUCUAAGGCCUCUAGCUCUUUCUGCCCUUCGGUCUCCUUCAGUCUGAUGUCCCCCAAGGUUCUUUGGAUCUUAUAUGAUCUCUCUCUCUCUCUCUCUCUCUCUCUCUCUCUCUCUCUCU